UUUGCUUUCAACGACGUUUACCUAUUCUCAAUCUCUCGACCCAUCUGCCUUUUCUUGCGACCAAGGCGGUUACACCGAACAACGGGAACGAUAAGAGCAAGAUAAUGUCUACGGCGACAGCACCAGCACCGACAGCAGCAGCAUCGGGAACAACAAAUGUGGGAGGUGCAAACGCAGCGGCAGUCUUCAAGCGUCUUCAUCCGGCGUCGUAUCUCUCUAGAUUCUUGAGUUCGGGAUACAGGCCUGAUGGGAGACCUAUCCUUCCUUCCUCCUCUUUUCAGUCCACCGCCUCUGCCUCUGCCUCGGCUGCGGACGAUGUAUGGAGACAAGUCAGUAUCAACACGGGCUCUAUAUCGACCGCCCACGGUUCGGCACUCGUGAGGAUGGGGGAUACCACGAUGGUGUGCGGGGUGAAAGCUGAGGUUGGGGAACCUGAUGCUGAGGCGCCUGGAGAAGGGUUUGUAGUACCCAAUAUCGAUCUCCCGGCAUUGAGUUCACCGAAAUUCAAACCUGGUCCUCCUGGCGAUGAAGCGCAAACGUACUCGAAUUGGUUAUACGAGUUGCUUGUUUCAUCAAAGACAAUCCCCCUCUCAUCGUUACUCAUCGCCCCAGGCAAAGCCGCUUGGGUACUUUAUAUCGAUGUGGUGUGCAUAAACUAUGAUGGGAAUGCGUUUGACGCAGCUGUUUUGGCCGUCAUGGCUGCUCUUAGGAAUACGAGAUUACCAAAAGCGGUUUACGACGAUGAUACCCAACGGACGAUUUGUUCGAGGACGGAGAGGUACCCGUUGUCGUUGGGGAGGAUGCCACUGGCAUGUUCGUUUGGAAUUUUUGAGAGCACCCACCUCCUUCCAGACCCAACGUCAUUCGAAACCCCAUUGCUACCCACCACGCUCACCAUCGCUUUAGACCAAGACGGACAAGCGGCUCUCGUUCGACAAGAAGGCCUUGGUGGUUUGAGAAAAAGAGGGAAAAGCGGGGAAGAGGUGGUGGAUGAAGCGUGGGGGUUGAGUGAGAGGCGGGCGGAGGUUUUGAGGAGGGUUUUGGAUGAGGCAGAGGCGUAGAGAUGAGGUUUUGGUGUGGGUUCAAGCUGGGGAGGGGGGGAGGACUAGGGUUUAUGUGGUGGGAAGGAGAUGGAGAUUCUGGAGAUGCAAGAUGUAG